AUGGAUAGCACAGUGGAGUUCCGAGAGGCGCAACGAGCCAAAGGCCCAGCGACAAUUAUGGCCAUCGGGACAGCUACACCACCUAACUGUGUGAUUCAAAGCACAUAUGCAGAUUUUUAUUUUCGUGUAACAAACUGCGAACAUAAGACAGAACUUAAAGAAAAAUUUAAACGGAUGUGUGAUAAUUCAAAAAUCAAAAAACGUUACAUACACUUGACCGAGGAGAUUUUAAAAGAGAAACCAAACCUUUGUGCUCACAUGGCACCAUCUUUAGACGAAAGACAAGAUAUUGCAAUUGCGGAAAUUCCAAAACUCGGUGCAAAAGCUGCAACUCAGGCAAUCAACGAAUGGGGCCAACCCAAGUCGAUGAUCACCCACGUGGUGUUUAGCUCUGUCUACGGUGUUGACAUGCCAGGAGCUGAUUAUCAGCUCACAAAGCUCCUCGGCCUAAGUCCUUCUGUUAAACGUGUCAUGUUGUACCAACAAGGGUGUUUCGCUGGUGCCUCUGUCCUUCGUUUGGCAAAGGAUUUAGCCGAGAACAAUAAGGGAGCGCGUGUAUUGGUUGUUUGCUCAGAGAUCACUACACCAAAUUUUCGUGGUCCAGAUGAGGCCCAUGUUGAUAACCUUGUAAGCCAGGUUUUGUUUGGUGAUGGAGCUGCUGCGGUCAUAGUUGGUUCUGACACAAUACCUGACGUGGAGAAGGAACUAUUUGAAAUAGUUUCUGCUUCCCAAACUAUUGUCCCGGAUAGCGACGGUGCCAUUAAAGGGCACAUUCGCCAGGCCGGGUUUAUAACUCGUCUUCGCAGAGAUGUUCCCGAACUUAUCGGGAAACACAUCGAAAGGAGCUUGGUUGAGGCCUUUCAACCGUUGGGUAUCAGCGACUGGAACUCGUUGUUCUGGAUCGCACAUCCAGGAGGACGUGCAAUCCUGGAUCAGGUUGAGGAAAAAUUAAGCCUCAGGCCCGAGAAACUUCGGGCCUCACGACAUGUGCUGGCUGAAUAUGGAAAUUUGUCAAGCCCUAGUGUCCUUUUUAUACUAAAUGAAAUGCGACACUCUUCCGUUACACAGGGCGCUGUCACCACGGGAGAGGGUCUCGAGUGGGGUGUGUUGUUGGGGUUUGGACCUGGUGUCACUGUUGAUACAGUGGUCCUCCAUAGUGCUUCCAUAUAA